AGAUUCCGGAGUUUGGUUUGGUAUCUCUUGGAAGAGCUGUGAAUAAGAAGCCAUGGGAGACGGGAACGGCAGAGGCAUGGCGAACCCCAACAGCAGCAAGCACGGGAACCGGCCGGAGUGGCUGCAGCAGUAUGAUCUGAUCGGGAAGAUCGGCGAGGGCACCUACGGCCUCGUCUUCCUCGCCCGUAUCAAGGCCCCCUCCCCCAACCGCGGCAAGUUCAUCGCCAUCAAGAAAUUCAAGCAGUCCAAGGACGGCGACGGCGUCUCCCCCACCGCCAUUCGCGAAAUUAUGCUGCUUCGGGAAAUUUCGCACGAGAACGUAGUAAAGCUUGUGAAUGUGCACAUUAACCAUGCCGACAUGUCAUUGUACCUCGCUUUCGAUUAUGCCGAGCACGAUCUUUACGAAAUUAUCAGACAUCAUCGAGACAAGGCUGGCGGGCAACCUAUUAAUCCCUAUACGGUAAAAUCAUUGCUCUGGCAGCUGCUCAAUGGGCUGAAUUACCUGCACAGCAACUGGAUCAUACACCGAGAUCUUAAGCCGUCAAACAUCUUGGUCAUGGGUGAGGGAGAGGAGCAAGGUGUGGUGAAAAUUGCUGAUUUUGGACUUGCCAGGAUAUAUCAGGCUCCUUUGAAGCCAUUGUAUGAAAAUGGGGUUGUGGUAACUAUUUGGUAUCGUGCACCAGAGUUGCUCCUGGGAGCAAAGCACUACACAAGUGCUGUUGACAUGUGGGCAGUUGGAUGCAUAUUUGCUGAACUUAUAACAUUGAAGCCACUGUUCCAGGGUCAAGAAGUCAAAGCUACCCAAAAUCCUUUUCAACUUGAUCAGCUUGACAAGAUCUUUAAGGUCUUAGGCCAUCCCACGCUGGAUAAGUGGCCUACAUUGGUGAACCUUCCACAUUGGCAACAGGACGUACAGCACAUUCAAAGACGGAAAUAUGAAACCAAUGGAAUUGGCAGCGUUGUGCCUCUGCCACCCAAAAGUCCUGCCUUCGACCUCCUGUCCAGGAUGCUUGAAUAUGAUCCUCGAAAACGUGUAACAGCAGCACAAGCCUUGGAGCAUGAGUACUUCCGUAAUGAACCUCUACCAGGGCGCAAUGCACUUGUGCCCAACACGGGAGACAGAGUCAACUAUCCCACACGUCCUGUGGACACAAGUACAGAUAUCGAAGGAACAACUAGUCUUCAACCUUCCCAACCGCCAUCAGGAAAUGCUGUUGCAGGGAAUAUGCAAGGCGCUCAUCAUCCUAUGGGGAACAGAGGCGUUCCUCGUAUGCCUGUGGUAGGAAUGCCUAGGAUGCCAGGCCCUGGAAUCGCUGCUUAUGGCCUCGCAUCACAGGCUGGGAUGGGCGGUGGGAUGAACCCUAGCGGCAUCCCAAUGCAGCGAGGCAUGUCAGCCCAGGCACAGCAGCAGCAGUCGAGAAGAAAAGACCCGGGACUACUGCCUGCAUACCCUACACAACAGAAAUCAAGGCGCUUCUAAGGUGGCUCAUAUUUGCGCUGUCGAUGUGUGAGAAGCGUGUGGAUUUUGGCCCCUCAGAAGGAUUACGGUACAUUCACUAGAAACAGCUGAAGAGGGAAGAGCUGACAUCAAGGAACAUGGAUCAUUCGAUCGACUCCAUUGGUGCCGCCUGCUCAAUUCUGAGUCGGCUUCCAAUCCACAUUAGAGAACCGCCCUGCUUCAUUCCAGGAAAUUACAAUAGCCAGGGGGGCUGAAUUCAGCCUGUUUUGGGUAUUCAUGCCGUGGAAUUAGUAUAUUCCUUCGGUUUUAGUGAUGUAAUAGCAGAGAGUCCUUGUAUGUGGUGUAAGAUAUGGAUGUGCCUGUGAAAUCUGUAAUAUGAUCAAGGGCUUUAACGUGCCUUGUUAUGAUUAUUAUAACUUAUCUCCUCAGGUCCGGUCAUUGGUCUCGGGUAAUAAAGCCGACUGCGGACUUUAUGCA